CAAUUGUUACUGAAAUGGUAAUUUAGUAGUAUUCGAUUUUAUAAUUUGGGGGUUUGGGUAAAGUUUUCAUGAAGAUAGAGCAUGUGAUAAGAUAAUAAAUAAACACAUUUAGGGCAAAGAUUCGCUCACGGUGGGGGUCCACGUGGGUAUGGAGGGACACACUGUCCGGUGAGUUAGGGAACAGUGCACAAACCCCCGAUGGACCCACUCGUUGCCUCUUUAGUGGACCGGUCUAGUUCGGUAUGGUUCGGUUUCUGUUCUCGGCCACCUUUUCCCCACUUGUAUAUAUAUAGAGCACAAUACUCUUCUUCAUUCAUCAGUCAUCACAUUCCUCAUUAUCAUCCACACAGACACCCUAAUUGUUCUCUCUUUCUCUGUCACAUUUCACUUCCAAAGGAUCAAGCGAAAAUGAAGACGACCAGUUCGAGCGUAGGAGGAACGAAGAGGAAGCUGUGGAGCCGAGGAGUGGGGGGAGUGGUUAGAGAGCAAAAGGCUAAACUUUACAUCAUAAGGAGGUGUGUCGUCAUGCUUCUUUGUUGGCAUGAUUAACAAAAGAAGAAGAAAAUCAAAAUCAUUUUCAUAAUCGGCUUAAGGAAGACUAACCCAAUAUUUAGUUCUUUUGUUUUUUGUUGUUGCGGAUCUUCCUUAUAUAACUCUUGGGAAGAAGCUUAUAUGUGUUGGCUUUCUAUACGGAGAUAUGCAUGUAUUUUUGUAGUUUUUUCAUCCCAAAGAAGGGUUUUUCAGAUGUAAAUUAGUAGCUAAUUUCAUUGUCUUUUGUUGCUGUGUUUCUUCUUUCUGGUUGAUUAAGUUUAUUUUCUGA